CACAUCUACAUUCGGUUCUGGAGUCGGGACUCUAGAGUUGCUGUGCAGUCCCCUCGCCAGCACGUUUGCCACUCUCCAUGAGCACCACAACCAUUUGCCAAUCCCAAACCCCCCCUUCUUCUUCUUUUCUCUUUUCCCCAUCCCCAUUUCCCACCUCCACCGCACUUCCGAUUUACUCUGUUCUUCCGUGGACACUUUCUCUAGCCCAUACAAAACUGCUCUGUUUGGUUGCCCUGAGAGUUAACUGGAUAAAAAGAAAGUAAAGUUUCCGGCCUUUUUAUUGUUCUUAUAACCAUCGGGAAAUCCCCCUCAAAAAAGAACUGCCCACCUGAGACCAAAACCAAGAUACUACGCUGAGACUUUGAUUGGCGCGAGUUUUACUACUUCAGUCUCUAUUCCUCUGUUUCCUAACUUUAUCUUAAACAAAACGCGGAUUUUUUUUUUUCUUUUAAUCCCUGUGGAAAUAAAUGGCCUUUGCAUACACAAUUGCUCCGUUAACCGAACUGAAUUUUACAUUUUGUUCGUCAAUUUCACUUCGGUGGUGCCAAUUUUUCGUUCCUCCGGUUUUUCGGGGUUCAAGGGUUUCCGCUAGAAUUGGCAAUUACCACCGAAACCUUAGCGUCGUGGUCGCCAAACCGAGAAGAAUCCGAGAACUUGGGUCGUUCAGGUCGGUCGAGCUGGACCGGUUCGUGACGAGCGAUGACGAAGACGAAAUGGGCGAAGGGCUUUUCGAGGCGAUCGAGGAGUUGGAGAGGAUGGCAAGGGAGCCGUCGGAUGUGCUGGAGGAGAUGAAUGAGCGGCUCUCGGCAAAGGAGCUGCAGCUGGUGCUGGUUUACUUCGCGCAGGAGGGGAGGGACUCGUGGUGUGCGCUUGAGGUGUUCGAGUGGCUAAAGAAGGAGAAUAGGUUGGACAAGGAGACCAUGGAGCUCAUGGUUGGGUUAAUGUGCGGUUGGGUGAAGAAGUUGAUUGAGGAGGAGCGUGACGUGGGGGAAGUAGUGGAUUUGCUUGUGGACAUGGACUGUGUUGGGUUGAAGCCCGAGUUCAACAUGGUGGAGAAGGCGAUAUCUUUGUAUUGGGAGAUGGGUGAGAAGGAGAGGGUAGUUUUGUUUGUGAAGGAGGCGUUGAGGCGUGGGUUUGGUUGUGCUGCGGAAGAUGAUGAUGACGAUGUUGAUGGGGAGGUGGCGCAUAAGGGAGGCCCAACUGGGUAUCUUGCUUGGAAGAUGAUGGUUGAGGGUAACUAUAGGGAUGCAAUCAAGUUGGUGAUUCAUCUUAGAGAAUCUGGGUUGAAGCCGGAAGUCUACAGCUACCUCAUUGCAAUGACAGCUGUGGUUAAGGAGUUGAAUGAACUUGGGAAAGCUUUGCGCAAGUUGAAAGGUUUUGCUAGGGAUGGUUUGGUAGCAGAGCUUGAUGCGGAAAAUGUUGGGCUCAUUGAGAAGUAUCAGUCAGAUCUUUUAGCUGAUGGAGUACAACUGUCUAAUUGGGUAAUUCAAGAGGGCAGCUCUGCACUUUCUGGAGUGGUACAUGAGAGGCUCCUUGCUAUGUAUAUUUGUGCUGGUCGGGGACUGGAGGCUGAAAGACAGUUGUUGGAAAUGAAGCUUGUGGGUAAAGAGGCUGAUGGAGACCUUUAUGACAUUGUUCUAGCAAUUUGUGCUUCCCAGAAGGAGACCAGUGCUAUAGCUCGGUUGCUUACUAGAGUAGAGGUUACAAGCUCUUUGCGCAAGAAGAAAAGCCUAUCGUGGUUGUUGAGAGGUUACAUUAAAGGAGGACAUUUCAAUGAUGCUGCAGAAACACUGGUUAGAAUGCUUGAUCUGGGAUUUAGUCCAGAAUAUUUAGACAGGGCAGCUGUACUGCUAGGAGUAAGAAAAGGAAUCAGCCGAUCUGGAAAUGCAGAUACUUACCUCAAGCUUUGCAAGCAGCUCUCUGAUGCGAGUUUGAUCGGACCCUCCCUUGUUUAUUUACAUAUGAAAAAGUAUAAGCUAUGGGUCAUAAAAAUGCUUUGAGAACCUCUACCCAAACAGACGAGAUUGCUAUUCCAGAUUCGUUCCAAAAUUAUAGCUUGCUGGUCCAGAUUUUAUGGCACUAGCAUUUCUCUCGCUGGAUUUUUACAUGUUAAUACACCAUGAUCAGUUUCUGGAUGGCUUUGAGCUGGUCAAAAUGGAUGGACGGACCAGUUCUGUGAUAAGUAGGGAAAAUUAGGGACAGAGCUGUGUCUUGUUCUGUCUUGUUCUAAGUUACCGUAUAUAUGGUGGUUGUUGUAAACAUAAUAAGAAAACUUCAGCACAAUAUAGUUAAGCAGACCGUAUAUAAAUGCUACAGGUACGUUAUUACUGUAUUCUUGUUACUUAUUUUCUUUGGAGUGAUUAAUAUUCCUUAGAGUGCCCCGGUUUAUAUUCUGGACUUCAAUCAUGUACAUAACGUAUAUUCAUCAUGAUGAACUUGAGUUUUGAUUGCA